AUAAUCUCCUAUUCCUAUUCUCAUAGUGGGGUUUAGACUUUUCCUGAUAGAGAGGGUUUUGUGGGACUGUAGCUAUUUGAAGGAGAAUAAUGGCUUCAAGGCUGGUCUUGGCUGUCACUUUUGUGCUUGAUCUUAUUGCCUUUGCUCUUGCUGUGGCUGCUGAGCAGAGGAGGUCUACUUCUAAGAUUCAGAAAGAUGGAAAUUCCAGCUACUGUGUGUAUGACUCCGACAUUGCCACCGGCUUAGGUGUUGGGGCAUUUCUGUUCCUGUUGACAAGUCAGGCUCUGUUAAUGAUUGUAAGUCGAUGCUUGUGCUGUGGAAAGGCUUUGAGACCAAGUGGUUCUAGGUCAUGGGCAAUCGUGCUAUUCAUUACCAGCUGGGUAUUUUUCUGUAUUGCUGAGGCGUGCUUACUUGCGGGUUCAGUGAGAAAUGCCUACCACACCAAGUACAGGACUAAGUUUGCUAAUGAAAACCUUUCAUGUGAGACAUUGAGGAAGGGGAUCUUCGGGGCUGGGGCCGCCUUUGUUGUCUUCACAGGCAUAGUCUCUGAGUUUUACUAUGCUAGUUACUCCAAGGCUAAUGAUGCAGAGGCUCACUACGCCAGAGACACUGGAGUGAGGAUGCAGAACCUUUGAAUCAGAUAUUGCAGUUGAUUAUGUGACAUAUUCUUCUUAAUUCAUGACUUGGGCAACAGGACAUAUGAUUGAAUUCAUGAUUUAAUGUGUGACAUGUUUAGUAGGGGAUUUUACUCUAGUUUUUAAUGUUAUGCGUCUCUUAGCUUAUUGGACUCAUGCUUUUGGAGACAUAUCCCAUAUUAUGACAGUAUUUGCUUCAGAAUUCUAUUUUGGUUUUGGGCCGGCCCAAAAUUUUUCAGA